AUGGACGAACAUUCGGUUCAAACUCCUCCGGAAAAAGCCUCCAUCGAGGCUGCAAUCAAUAAGGAAUUUGAAGAUGUACAAACUCGAGUACACACAUUUGACCCCAAUGACCCUCCUGAGGCGAAAGCCGCACAGACCACACAAGGUGAUGGUUCCAGCGUUCCAACCAAACCGGCUGCCAUCAAAGAGAUUAUUUCAGACAUUGAUGACAAAACUGAAGAAGAUAAGGUGACUUCACUUAUGCCAGGAGCACUGGCUCCAGUGUCAAUAGAGUCAGCGUCCGAUAUUCCGGAUUGGGCACGUAUAGGUUGGCAACGAGUGUCCGAGCUUGCCACCACCGACCCGGAGCACGAUUUUUACGAAAGUAUCUUGGGCGAACUGUAUUUCGGAAAUCUUUGGUUGAAUGCCGGAGUAGUCUUCGUGGCUGUGUUUGCAACAUGGAUUACAACCUCACUUGGUGGCGGUUUAAGUUCGGCCAUAAUAAUCUGUGCUUUUGUCGCGACAUAUUUCAAGCAUUCUGUAGAUAGAUUUUAUCGUAACGCGCGCAGCGACAUUUCUCGGGAACUAGCAAAGGAAAAAUUGGAGCUGGAUACCGGCGAAGAAUCCGCGGAAUGGAUAAACGAAUUUUUACGUCGUUUCUGGUUGAUAUAUGAGCCGGUGCUAUCAGGCUCCAUCGUACAAGUUGUUGAUGGUGUAUUGGCCUCCUCUACGCCAUCUUUCUUAGAUUCCAUCCGUCUGACGACAUUUACGCUGGGUACAAAACCACCAGUCGUUGAUUCUAUCAGGUCCUACCCAAAGACAGAAGAUGAUGUGGUGGUCAUGGACUGGAAGUUUUCUUUUAAUCCCAAUGAUCUUGCCAAUAUGACAAAGGUUCAAAUAGCCAAAAAGGUCAACCCCAAAAUUGUUCUUACGGUCCGUGUUGGAAGAGGGAUGGUUGGAGCUGGAAUCCCCAUAUUACUUGAGAACAUGUCUUUCUCGGGAUUGAUGAGAGUCAGAUUAAAGUUGAUUAAUACAUUUCCGCACAUUAAGACAAUCGACUUGAGCUUUUUGGAAGAGCCACAUAUUGAUUAUGCCUUGAAGCCGAUCGGUGGUGAAACGUUUGGAUUCGAUAUUGCCAACAUCCCUGGAUUACACCCAUUUAUCAAAGAGCAAAUUAAUGCCAACCUGCGACCAAUGAUGUAUGAUCCAAAUCAGUUCACAUUGGAUGCUGAGUCUCUAAUUAGUGGUUAUCCCAUAGAUAGCGCCAUUGGCGUACUUGCGGUAACAAUAUAUGGUGCAAAGGGAUUGAAAAACUCUGAAAGGUUUGGUACGUCCGAUCCAUAUUGCAAAUUAACCAUUCGCGGAGGUCAAGUGCUCGCGCAAACCAAAGUUAUCAACGAUUCGUUGGUCCCUGUUUGGAACGAAACGUUCUACUUGAUUAUAAACGCGCUGAGCGAAACUUUGAAUUUCGAAAUAUAUGAUUCUAACGAGGUGACCAAGGACACUUUGAUGGGAACUGCAACAUUUCCUUUGUCAACUUUGGCCGAAAAUCCUAAGCAGGAAGAGGUUACAGCUCCUGUGUACCUCAACAGUAAAGCAUACGGUGAAAUCAAAUUUGAUAUGAACUGGUGUCCGGUCGCGGAACCCACAGAAACAGAACCGGCUCCUGAUUCUAACGUCGGCAUAUUGAGAUUCACUAUCCAUCAAGCCAAAGACCUUGAUCCUAAACGUUCGAUGAUUGGUCAAUACAAUCCGUAUGCAGAAAUAUACUUAAAUGGUAAGAAAGUUUAUACCACAAAGGUCAUAAAAAGGAAUAAUAGUCCUGUCUGGGAGGAACCCGUUGAAUUGUUUGUUACAGACAAGGACGGAGUUGAAAUCUCCGUUAGAGUCUAUGAUGCUCGUGAUCUUGCAGUCGAUCCUGUUGUUGCCAGCUGGACAGGAAAAUUGAGUGAAUUUUUAUCAUCAAAGAACGAUUGGUUCAAGGUACAGGAUGCGGCUGGUAAAUUACGAAUGAGCUGCAUUUGGAAGCCGAUAUUGAAUGAUGGUAGUCUGAAUUUCAAUGUUGGUGCAUAUGUCAAUCCAGUUGGUGUUGUCAGACUCCACAUCAAGAAAGCUGUAGAUGUCAAAUCUUCAGGACAACUCGGAGGAAAAUCCGAUCCAUAUGUUUCCAUUAAACUUAAUAAUGUUUCUCGCGGUAGAACUGAAAUGGUUCCGGAUACUCUUAAUCCCGAAUGGAAGGAUGAAAUAUUCUACAUACCGGUGCAUGCUGCUAGAGAAAUUAUUAACAUCGAAGUCUGGGAUCACGAAAACACAGGAAAAGACAAACUAUUAGGGUCAACUGAGCUCAAAGUAAGCCAAUUAGCCAAACAAAACGAAGAUGGCACCUAUUCGUCCACAGAUGCACUUGAUACAUCCGCUCCAUUGUACAUUAACCGAGAAACUCGAGGUAAUCUAUAUUUCACAGCCAGCUUUCAUCCAAUAAUACCACCACCGGAGGUUGCAUCAGAAGAUAAAAAAGGAGAUGAGGUCGAAGCACCGAAAACUGGAUCAGGUGAUGAAAUACCAAGAGUCGUUGUCGAUAACGCAGAAUAUCAAUCCGGAAUCUUAAUAAUUACCCUUAAGGAGGCCAAAAUGGAAAAAAGGGGUGGUUUUGUUGAUGUCUUUAUCGAUAAUGCGUUAUUCCCAUCUUAUACUUCAAAUAAAUGCAAGGAACAAAAUCCAGUGUGGAAUCAAGUCUUUGAUGUUUUUGUCAAGGAGUUGGACUGGGCCAAAGUCACCUUUAAUAUUAGACAGUUCACCGACAAAAAUCCGAUUGGCACUGCUAUUGCGAAUGUAAAUAGUUUGAUUGAAAAAUGCAAAGAAUCACCAGAGGGCGUUGCACUCAAUAUCGAUGGAAUCUCAGACGGAUUGCUCUACCUGAAUGUAAAAUAUGUACCGGUGGAUUAUGUAUUGGAUCCUGUAGAGUGCGUCGAGAACAUGGGCACGUUAAACGUUAAGGUCAAAAAUGCCGAAAAUUUACCGGCUGUAGAUCGAGGCGGUACAAGCGAUCCAUACAUCCAAUUUUUAUUGAACGACGAAAAGAUUCACAGGACAAAGACCGUAAAGAAGGAUUUGAAUCCUGUAUUUGAUGAAGAUUUUACCGUCAUAGUGCAUUCUCGUAUUGGAGAUAAAUUCGUUUUGGAGGUGUAUGAUUGGAAUCAAGUAGGAUCCUCCAAAAAACUUGCUCAUGGUCGUUUGGAUCUCUCGGAACUAAAAUCCUUUGAAGCGGUCGAAAGGAAGGUCCCACUGACCAAUAAUGAGGACGGAUCCAAGGCCGGCUCUGUUAACUUGCGCCUACGUUUCGAACCACAAUUGGUCAACAAGAAGAGAUUACCCACUGGUACGUUUGCUGGUGCAACAAAAACAAUCACCGGAAUUGGCACGGGAGUGAUUUCGGGUGGGGGAAACGUGGUAAAAGGAGGUGUAGGAAUUGUUGGUUCAGGUGUCAACCUUGUUGGUUCCGGAGCUAGUAAUGUUGUUGGAGCCGUUGGUUCUGGAUUUGGCAUACUAAAAAAGAAGGACAAGGAUAAAGAAGAAAAGAAAAAGGUUGAGGAAGAAAAGGUUGAGCCAGCGACAAGAAGCAUUAAUACAAAGACGAGUGAGACGAGCACACAGGAAAAACCUCCAAGCGUCGAAAACAAUGGUGUUGUUAAAAAUUCGACGUAUAACGUUAGUGAGUCUAGCGAAGCAGAGUCAACGUCGGAAUCAGGAAGCCUGAGAUUGACGAUCAUCGAGGCAAAAGAUUUGAUUGCAGCAGACAGUGGGGGUACGAGCGAUCCAUAUGUCAAAGUGAAGUUUAACAAAAAAGAUAUAUAUAAAACGCAAACCAUAAAGAAAACCGUGAAUCCUAAAUGGGAUGAAGUAACGCAAAUUCCAAACUUAAAUGGUUCUAUUCAUUUAUCGGUCAAAGAUCAUAACAAGAUGGGUAAAGAUGUGGACAUUGGCGAAUAUGAUUUAAACAUCUGGGAUCACAUCCAACCAUCAACCUCCGAUUACACGAAAGACAUAUGGGUAGACUUAUCUAAAGGUAAAAAUGGUAAAUUACAUCUUAAACUGGAAUAUAUACCGAAGGGCGGCAAUGGAGAUUUGUCGAAUUCAAGAUUUUCAGGUGAUAGUGACCGGGAUUCCUCGGAGGGAAAUCGAUUUAAGCUAGGUUUUCGUAAGCUUAGGAGCUGA